AUGGAGUCUACCAAGGUAAUCAUUGUUGGUGGUGGUGCAGCCGGUCUUGCUGCUGCUAAAACACUAGGCUCAAACGUUGAUUAUUUACUCAUCGAAGCCCAAAGUUAUAUAGGUGGUCGUAUUCAUACAGUUGAUGCAGUUCCAAAUGUUAGUGUUGAUAUGGGUGCUCAAUUUAUUCAUGGAGAAGUAAAUAAUAUUCUUUAUGACAUUUGUAAACCAUUGAAUUGUAUUUUACCUGUUACAGAUAUUAAAUGUAAUGAAAUGCUUGCUAUAACAUCAGAUCAAACUACAAUUGAUCCCGAAAUAGUAAGACAAGUUUUUAUUGUUUGGGACGAAUUCUUUCAUGAUGCUCAAGCAAAAUUUGAUGACAAAACGAUACCAAUACAUGAAUCAUUUUCUGAUUAUCUUCACAAGCAUUUGAAAGAACGUUUAUUAUCUUCAAUACCUUCUUUAAACAAUUUAGUCGAUGCAUUUUGUGAUUUUUUCUAUAAAGUUGAACUUAUUGAAAAUGGUUGUUUUAAAUUAUCGGAUUUAAGUUUAGCAGAAUACGGUUCAUAUCAAUCUCUCGAUGGAUUAUUUAAAACUGAAUUUAAAAAUGGUGGCUAUCGUCCAUUUAUUUCUUAUAUGAAAUCGUUCAUAUCAAAUGAUAAUCGAAUUCGUUUAAAUUCUGAAGUAAUUCGAGUAAAAUAUCUUAAAGAAAAUCAUCAAUUACUUGUUGAUAUUCGACAUCAUAAUAAAACAUCUGAACAACAACAACUAAGUACAAUAUUAUGUGAUCAUAUCAUAUGGACAAGUUCAUUAGGUUAUUUAAAAGAAAAUUUUUCUUCAAUAUUUGCUGAUGAAAUUGAGCUAAUUGAACAAAAACGAGAUGCAAUUAAUAAUCUUGGAAUUGAUUCAAUUAAUAAAGUCAUAACGGUCUAUGAAAAAUCAUUUUGGCCAGACAAUGUUGGCGACAUUAUUCUAUUGCAUGCACAAAAACAAAAGUCAAUUCAAUUUUCUGACUCAUUGAAGAACUUAUUAAAGACAGAGAAAAUUGAUGUUCAAGUAGUUAAUACAAUUAUUGAAGCUAUUCAUCGAUAUGAAGUAUUGCCAUCAACGAAUGUUCCUAUUAUAAUCUGUUGGUUUGGUGGUCCAGCUGCUGUUUUAUUAGAAGAUCUUAGUGAAUAUAUUAUUGGUCAAAUUUGCCAUGAAGUUUUAUGUUAUUAUUUAAAUAUAUCUUCGAAAUUAAAUAAAAUAAUUCGUGUACUAAAAAGUGAAUGGAAUAAAAACAGAUUCAUUCGUGGAUCUUAUUCAUAUUAUUCCAUAAAAUCAUCGGCAAAAGAUGGAGAAAAAUUAAGAGCUGCUUACGCACCAGACGGGAUUCCACGAAUACAAUUUGCUGGUGAAGCAACAAGUGAAAGAGCUUAUGCAACUGUUCAUGGUGCAUUAGAAAGUGGUAUUCGUGAAGGAAAUAUACUUUUAUCGAUAAUGAAUAGAUAA